AUGUCCUUCUUCUUUCGGAGAGGAAAUCGUUCCACUAGUCAAAACAAUAAUCAGUCAUCGGUGGCAUCCAUAAAUUCAACAUCGGAUGAUGAAGAGGAGGUGGCUACACCAUCAAUAACAGAUCAGAAUAAGGUAUUAAUUUCAUCACCACGUUUCCGAAGUAGUAGCCUCUCACAACAGCAAAACAAUCAAAGAACAGACGAAAGAAUUGAGAUUGCAGUGGAGGGUGAUGAUAGUGGCACCCCUUCAACUCUAUCGAAAGUGGACAUUAAUAGAGUAGAACAAUCGAGUGGAUUAUUGGAAAUUCCUUCAUCUGCCUACAAGAGAAAAAUCUCAUUCUCUGAUGAAUCAAGUCCAGAAACAACACCAACAAAAACAGCAACAUCAGAUAAUUUGUAUAGUUCAGCACUUACUACUAAGGGUAAUUAUAAAGUGACACCAAAUAGUAAUAGAAGAGUUUUGAAUAAGAUUCCUUCCUCUCUCAGAUUGGAUCCAAAAACAUUUACAAGGAAGAACUCAACUCCUCAAUUAUUCACCUCCCCAAGAAAUCCUUUAUCAUUAUCUCUCUCUAAAUUGAAUGAAACAAAAAUAUCAUCCGAAAAUAUAAGCAAUGUUGUGCUGAGUAGUAGGAGCUCCUCGCAGCUUGUAGUAAUUAUUGAAAUAGGGAGAAAAUAUUUCAAGUGUGGAAUAUCUGGAGACUAUUGCCCAAGAGUAGUUCUUCCUGUACCUUAUGAACUUUCAGAAAUGUUGUGUAAAUGUAAAAAUCAUAAUUUUAAUAUAGACCACAUGAAACAAGCCUUUUCCAGUUUUGAAAAAGAUAUUGGAUCUUGUAAUAUAGAAACUGAUGUAAUUUUUGAUGAGUAUACACGAAUUGGAUUCGGGAACAGUAUUGAAGAUGAUGCCUAUUAUGAAGAAAAACUGUCUCACCUUUUGGGAAAACUAUUAAAGAGGAUAUUCAUCGAUGAACUCAAACUUCAUUUGGAUAGCAUAGAUCAUGUGGUAAUUUUGGAGAAUGUUUAUUCACUACAUGAAAAUCUAGUGAGGAGAACAGUGGAAGACAUGUGCAAUAGAAAACGAUUUUCCAAACUGAAAGGAAUUAAAUUUAUCAAUGCUCAAAGUUGUGCCCUAAUACCUAGCUCUUGCUCGGUAAAAUUUCAAACAGCAAAUGAUAGCAACAAAUUGCUUUCUCCACCCAUCCUAAGUUUGACUUCGAGGAAAGGAAACGAAGAGAUGGAUGUAAAUGGCUUGGUUAUUGAUUGUGGAUUUUCAGAAUGUAAAAUUGUACCAGUCUUGUUUGGAUGUAUUGUGCAGGCUGGUGUGGUAGUUGUUGACACUGGAUCAAAACAUAUUCUUCGACGAUUGAAGGACAAUUUGAUGAAAAUGAAUCCAAAAGAAUCACUGACACCUCAGCACUGUGACCAUGUGGAUCUCAAUAAGUUAUUCUAUGAGCAUGAUGAAGGAGAAAUGCUCAAAUAUUAUUCAGUAUUGGAAUGGCAGGUAUUGUAUCUCAAUUACUGA